GUGCGCACUUGUGACUUCUGCAUUUAACUUUUCAGCGGGGGAAGCUGUGGAAAGUUCGUCAAACGUCAAAGUCUUGUCAAACCACGCGAGCUUCCUGGCCGUCAGAAGAUCGGAAUAGCUGUUUAUGGAGGAGAUCUGCUGAUUUUCUUUUCUUUUUUUCUUUUUUUUUUUUUUGCGCCUGAAGACAACAUGUGCUGAAGAAGACGAUGGACGAAGGCGCAAAGCUGCACCUGAAGGAGUGGCUGGUGGCGCAGAUAGAGAGCGGUCAAUAUGAAGGACUCAGCUGGGAGGACCACCACAAAACCAUGUUCAGGAUCCCGUGGAAACACGCAUCCAAGAAGGACUACAAACAGACGGAGGACGCCGCGCUCUUUAAGGCCUGGGCUGUGUAUAAGGGCAAAUACAGGGAAGGCAGGGACCAAGCUGACCCCACUAUGUGGAAGACGCGUCUCCGCUGUGCCCUCAACAAGAGCACAGACUUCCAGGAGGUCAGUGAACGCAACCAGCUGGACAUCAGUGAGCCCUAUAAAGUCUACCGUAUUCAGGUCACAAAUGAUCCAGGAAGACCAGCAGAUUUGCUCCAUACAAAGAACCCGAUGAGCCCAAUGAUCACCCAGGUUAAGACUUCUCCAAAGGGACAAGCUAGUCCUGAGCCUCAGCUACACUGUGAAAGCAAAUAUUUUCAAGGAAACAAAGAAGAAGAGGAAAUACUGAGUGGUGAUCUGAUGCAGGAGCACAGGUACUGCGGAAACAAACCUCAACGUGAGGAUUCUGCUCCUUCUGUGAUCUUACUUCCAGAGCUCGCUAUGUCAGACUUUCGUAUGCAGGUGAUGUUGUUCUACCAUGGCCAGAGGGUGAUGAAUGUGACCACUAGCAGUCCUGAGGGCUGUUUCAUCGUGCGGGGGCGUGUUCCCUUAGGAAAUGAAAGAAUCUAUGGACCCUGCAACGCCCAGCAUGUCUUGUUCCCGCCCCCAGACACAGUACUGCUUUCGGCACGCAUUGCUGAAGAAAUUAAUCGCCUGUUUUGUUUUCUGGAGGGGGGUGUGCUGUUGUGGGUGGCUCCAGAUGGGAUGUUUAUGAAGAGAUUCUGCAAGGCCAGAGUCUACUGGAGUGGACCAAUGGCCCAACACAAAGAUCAACCCAACAAGCUGGAUCGAGAAAAGACCUUCAAACUGCUUGAUAUGCCCACAUUUUAUAACGAACUCCAGAGCUAUGUACAGAGGAACGGCCCAACACCUUCUUAUGAGAUUGAGCUUUGUUUUGGAGAGGAUUAUCCAGAUCCGAGUGUCCCAAAAAACAGGAAGCUAGUCAUGGCACAGGUGGUGCCCUUGUUUGCUAAAGAACUGCUGCAGAGUUUCCACUUGGGAGAAAGUGAGGAGACAUGGCCUGCUCUCACCCCGAGCACAGAAGAUGACGAGAUUUAAGAAUUCUGCUGAAGAUACCCAGCGAGGGCAUGGGUACAAACUGUCUGUACCGUAAGAGUUUGAAUCAACUUUAUUGUUAUUGUUUUUUUGGGUUUUUUGCCGUGAGGUGUAUAUAAUGAUAAAAGAAGUCAUGUGAGAUCGUCUUGCAUUAAAUUCAAUUCGACCUAAUGUCCUUUAUUAAUAUGUUCAUAACUUCAGUCUACCAUACAGCAUUCAAUAAAACAUGCUGAUAAAUUACUGCUAGUGUGACUUUUUUCACUGCAGAAUUGUUAAUCCUUGUAUUUCACACUCAGUAUGUAUACAGCCAUUCCCAAAUUUAAAGCUGCAGUGUGUAGGAUUUAAGGGGUGUUUAUUAUCAGAAAUGGUAUAGCAUUCCUAACAGUCUAUUCAUUAGUGUUUAAUUACUUGCAACAAUUAAUUCACAUGUUUUUAUAAAUGUAAAAUUAGCUCUUCAUAUUGGCGUGAGAGCACCUCCCCUCCCCCAAUGGAGGCUGCCAUAUUGCAACACUAUGUUAACACAGUCAACUGCAAGGGGUGCAUUUACCCCACUUUUCACACUUUGCAGGGUGUCCAAAAGCCUGAACAAAAAUGAAGGUGAAUCAGUGGUUGCUCCCUGAUACACUGUCUACUGGUUGCUAGUUCAAGCUAACAAGCUUGAGAACCCUUAUUUAGGUUUAUGAACUGGAGGAUCAUACAGAUUGUUUAUUACAAGAGAAGGAAGUGAAAACACCAAAGAAGUGAAAACAUGCUGUGAAAAAAUUUUGUGACGCAUAAUGCAAUCUGCAACUUGCAACCUCACCACUAGAUGACCCCAAAUUCUACACACUGUAGCUUUAAGAAUGCUGCAGCCCCCUCUAAAAAAUUUCCUACUGCUCACCUAAACCUUCAAUUACAAUUUUGUUUGACAUAUACAGUAAGAUGAAGAAUUUUUGUAUAUAUUAGCUUAAACGUGGUCACAUAAAUGAAAAAAAGAAAAUCCCAGAAUUUAAAUCACAUGACUGUUUUAUUAAUUCUCAUUCUGUUUUAAAAAAUAAUCAAAUAGUUUGACUAAAUUUAACUUUAUAAUAUUGAAAAAAUAAAUAUUUUUAUUUAGUUAUCUUCAUGACCUCUCACGGCCAACCAGUGGGACUGCUGCCCAUUUGUUGGGAAUCACUUCUAUACAUGAUUAUUUAAGUGUGUAUAUAUAGAAUUUUCAAAUACUCUGUAGUGAAUAAAUCGACACAUUUCAUGAAA